GCUUCUCGCAGUCUAUAGUUCACGGCCAUGUCUCAAGCAAUAGGCAAUACGGCCCUGGCAUACGCGCGAGUGUGGCACCAUGCGGACGCGACUGACCGCGUCCUCGGAAAAUUCGCUAUUCGCAUAGCGCACGUCCUCAUGGGCAAGCAUAAACCUAUAUAUGAUCCCGGAGUUGACUGUGGAGACUACGUGGUCGUGACAAACGCGAAGAAGAUCAAGGUGUCGGGGCUCAAGGCAGAGCAGAAGGUGUAUCGUCACCACACGAUGCAUCCUGGAGGGUUGAAGGAGAUACCGUACAAGGCUAUGAUGGACAAGAAGCCGGAUGAGAUCAUCCGCCGUGCAGUAGCUGGUAUGCUUCCGAAGAACAAGCUCCGUGACCGUAGACUGGAACGACUACGGAUAUUCUCAGACGAGGACAUGGGCCCGUUCAAGGCGAACAUUAUCAAGCGAUGGGAGGACGGCACAUUACCCGCACGCCAAACAACCCAGACUGCCUCCGCACCAUCGAGUACUACGUUGCCCACCGCAUGAAGCAUGCUUUAGACUCUACGACCACACUUAAUCCUAUUAUUUUCGC